GCCCACGGCCCAUCCCCCACCGAGGCCGCCGGUGGCGCAAAACCCUCCCCUUCCUCGCCGUCGCCAUGGGCGGCGCCUACAAGCUGCUCUCCUCCCUCCUCCUCACCUCCUCGCCGCUCCGCCUCCGCCCCUCCGCCGGCGCCUUCGCGCUCUUCCUCUCCCCGCCCGCGGCGGCCGCGUCCCGCCGCCAGCUGCUCCUCUCCUCCCCAGCUCCCCUCCGCACACUCUCCGCCUCCGCCUCCGCCUCGGCCGCGGCUGCCUCUUCCGAUUCGUAUGUCUCCAGCUCUAGCUCUAGCUCCAGCUCCAGCGCAGCAUCGCCUUCCCUACCUUCUCAUUCUCCUUUUCCCGAGUGGUCACGUCUGGUCGACCGCCUCGCGGCGGCCGGUUACGGCGCGCGCACCCCCUCCUCCGCCGAUGAGCUCGCCCUCGCUCCUGAAUGCGGCCUGUCGCCCGACGCUGAGGCCGCGGUGUCCUGCUUCCUCUCCUUCGCACGCGACCGGCCUGACCUCCUCAGGUCUCUACCGAGGAAAGACGUGGAGGUCUUGGUGGCUAACGCAGCACCGAUUCUGUUCAAGGACGGGGAGGCAUCAGAGCUGCGCCUGCGGCAAUACCUUGGCGGGGAAGGGAGCGAUGUAACUCAGUCAGAGAGAGCUGAAACCAUCGAUAUUGUUCGGUACUUGUUAAGUUAUGCAUACGGUUCUCCAGACAGCUGUUCGAAAGACAAGGAACUUACUGAUACAGCUGUGAGGAAUAUAUUGGCUGAGUUUGUAAGUUUUAGCGGAUUUCCUCAAACCUCCAGUUAUGUGGAAUCAACGACUGGGCAAAAUACAUUGGGCCAACAUGAGCGAUUCUCUAGGCCUCCAGGACAAAAUAUUGAAAUGAAGCGAGGUGACUGGAUUUGUACAAGAUGUAGCUUUAUGAAUUUUGCUAGAAAUGUGAGGUGCCUUGAGUGCAAUGAGCAUCGACCAAAGAAGAUGUUGACUGGUGGAGAGUGGGAAUGCCCUCAGUGUGAGUUUUAUAAUUACGGGAGGAACAUGUCAUGCUUACGAUGUGAUUGUAAAAGACCAGGAACGAUCCCACCAAAUCCUGCUGGUGCUGGUUUAGGUGGAAUGGCACAGUUUCUUAAUGCAAACAAUGUUGGUAAAUCUGAAAUCGAGAGAAAACUCGCUGAAAAUGACGCGAAGGCAGAAAGAUGGUUGAGCAAAGUAUCUCAACUUGAUGAUUCCGCUGAUUUAAGUAGUGUAGCAGCUGACGAGGAUUUUCUUGAGAUCAUGCCUAUGCGGAAGGGGGCCAAUAAAUUUGUUGUUAGCACACGCAAGACACCACUAGAAAGAAGAUUGGCAAAUGCACAAUACAGCAGUAACAAUAGCCCCCAAGCUGGAUCAUCUGACUCCAAGAUAAGUAAAACAUUAGACAGGAUUCUUGGGCGUUCUACAUCUACUUCAGCACAGAAUAAUCAAUCUGGUAAUGGAGAUGUAAAUACUGUUUCAAAUAAAACAACUGGCUAUCUUGGUGGCAUUGAUCAUGUCCCUUUCGUGCCAUUAUCUGCAGAUCAGUUUACUAAGCCACAAAAUAAUUUUAGUAAUGGUCAACCAGAUGCCCAAAUAGGCACAGGGGCUGAUUCUAUGGAAAAUAGCCAAAUGGACUUAAUGGAGAGGAGAGAUGACAAGAAAUCGUUAGAUACGGCUGAACAAUGGUCCAAGAAAGUUUCAGAGCUUGGUGAUGUAAAGGACUUUCCAAGUGCAAUUUCUGAUGAAGAGUUUCCUGAGAUUAUGCCAAUGAGGAAAGGUGAGAAUCGGUUUGUUAUUAGUAAGAAGAAAGACCGCACAUUAACAUCGCCACAGUACAAAAGGCGCAGUGUGCUUGAGCAUGCUGACAAUUCGAAUUUUGUUCCAUUUGUCCCAUUCCCUCCUGGUUACUUCGCGAAGAAAGACAAGCAUGUGGAGAAUCCAUCAGAUACAGGAAGAGUGCCAGAAGAUCCGCCAUCAGCUGAAAAAUUACCAGAAACAAAUUCUUCAUCUGGAAAUCUUGGAAAUAUUCAGAAUAGCUCACAGGUGGUGAGCAAUCAGACAGUAAAAAACAUGAACGAUGAGAACAGGAAUGGACACUAUCCACAUCAGAGUGCAGGCAGUUAUGGAUAUGGUGAAAACGUCAGUUAUCAUCAACCCCAAUCUCAAGGGAUGGAUGGUCGAUCUGGUGGCACUUGGCAUGCAAACAACAAUCAGGGAAGCUUUAACGGAAGCAGAGAUAGAUCUGCUUACAAUGGGGACAACCAUUCUGCGCAGCCAUCUUAUAUGUCAGGUUAUGGUAACAAUAACAAUGGUUGGACUAGUAACAACAAUGACAGCAACAAUGCUUGGAGCAGCACCAGAAAUUAUGACAAUGGUGGUCGGAGCGACAACAAUCCCUAUUACAGCAGCAGUACUCGGAGCAGCAACAGCAGCUAUAACAACAGUGGUGCCUGGAGCAACAAUAGCAGUUACAACAGUAGCAGUGCAUGGAGCAACCACAGCAACAAUAGUAGGAGUGACUCAUAUUCUGAUAAUAGCAGCGCCAGUAGCGGUAGUUCUGCUACUAUACCUAACCAAACAGCAGGAUAUUCCAAUUACGGGGAAAGCUCGAAUAGAGGUUAUACUGGAAAGAGCUUGGAAGGAUCUGCUGUGAGGGAUCCUGAUCCACUGGACAUGUCCGAGGAAGCUAAAGCUGAGAGAUGGUUUAGGAGAGCAGCACAGAUAAAAGACAUCUCCGAGCUUGCCAACAUCCCUGACGAGGACUUCCCUGAGAUAAUGCCGAUGAGGAAGGGCGUGAACAGGUUCGUCGUGAGCAAGAGGAAGACACCACUGGAGAGGAGAUUGACAUCGCCUCAGUACAGAAGGAACCUUCCGAUCGUAAGUUCUGAACCAGACAAAGACGUUAACUGAAGAGCACAGGCAUGAUUAUUGGUGCAAUCAAUUUCCAGAACACGGGCAUGAUUAUUGGUGCGAUCAAUUUCCAGUGCAACAGCGAAGAGUUUACACCCGGGCAUUCUUUACAACAGUUUUGUGAUAAUAAGCCACCGCAAUGUAUUGUAAAAUUUUUCUGAACUUUUCAGUUACUUGUACCAGGGAGUCCAUGUAUAUGAAACCUUACUGAAACUUUUGCAUGGCACUGUUGGACUUUCUAUUACUUGAGGCUUCACAUGUUCAUUAUUUCAACGAAAUUGUUCGUUGGACUCCAACGUUGCAUAUUCCUGUGUAAGCAUUUUUAUUUUUGCAAGAUU